CAACAAUUUCAGUAGAUAAGUGGAAAGUGGUAUGUGGAAGCGCGAACUAGUCGUUAAGAUCCAUGUCGUGACUUGUUAAAAUUUGUCACAGCCCUUCGCGAUCGUAUUCUUAUCUUGUUUGCGUGACUGCGAUUGACCGUAUUCAUUACCCCAUACAUCCCCUCCUAUAGUUUGUUCCAGUUAUACUUCUGCGAAUACGAUUUCAUACCUUAGUUCGUUCCAAUUAAUUUCCAUUUCAUCGAGGGAAAAUAUGUUUGAAAUGCAAGCUACGCGUCGUUUGUACACACGUGUUACGGGCUAGAGAUUUUCACGUGUAACGAGGGGAGAGUCGUGGAAUACCUACCACCGCGAGAUAAACGAGAAAAAGCGAAAGCUUUGUUCAAGAAACCGAAUGUGGGUCAGUAAUCAUCGGAGUCUCCGUUUCUCUUUCUCCUUCUUUCUUUCCUGUUGGAUGGACGGAAUAAAAGCAGGACGGUGAUUGUCGCACGAACAGCGACCAUUUGUUAGUUUUUCCGCCUCCUCCGGGCUUUCCACUUUCCUCUUGUUUCGGUACGACUGGUUUUCGCGCUUCCAACAUCCCAGUUAUUACUUGGCCGUGCAAACAGCUUGGUCCUGUCGUUCCAGGGAAUCGGGAACACGUAAUAACACGCGAACCCGAGUAUCUCGAUCCUCCUAGUCUCCCGUUUCUUCAUUUCGCUGGUUAACGCGAGAAAUUCCAAAGGAAGCAACGCGUGUCCGUACGAUUCGCUUAGAUCGUACAUGGCAUUCUUGACGUUUCACCGACUGCAAGAAACGUCUUGAAUCUCGCUUCUUCUCGAAUGCACGGUAAAUCGUGAUCGGGCGGCAAACAACAUCGACAGGUGGUCGUCAAUCGGACACCUUGCAAAAAGCUUCGCCAUCGAGGCGUGUGCGUGCGGCUUCGCCACGUUCACUCGAUUGAUCAUAUUGGAUUACAAAUUGCCGCGGAACGCCCAUACAUUACCAGCUACAAUCACGCGAACCAAUAAGUUCCGCCUUCCUUUUAUGCAUCUCGAUCUUUUCUAUCGCAUCAAACCUAAGAUUUUACCUAUUUCGUAUGCUUUUACUUUGGAGAACCGAUUUGGCGAUUUCUCAAAUUUCUUUUUAAAAAUCGCAUCGAUAAAUACACGCGUGUAGGCGCGGAUGAUGGAGGCGGUACGGGUACAAGGUGUCGUAAGCCGAGCGUAGAAAAUGUUUUGCGAGAGCAUGGUACAUUAUAUCGAAAGGUAAAUCGUGCACGACCAAGCGGUCGGAGGAAGCCACGUGAUCGGCAGGUGGGAUUGGUGGCGGUCCAAAGGGCAGAAGCAGGAUCAAUAAGACAAAGACUGGUUUUCCGUGAUGCAUGGCGCACCUGCUCUUCGGACCGACGCGAGCAGAGCUAAUUCGAUCUGUUUCGCGAUCCUUUAUCCGAAAAUCUCGAGGCUUUUGCCGAUCGACCGAGUUCGACGAUGCUUGACGCGUCGCGUGACAUCGCGAAUGUAGAAGGAGAAUUUGUUUUGCCAAGCUGUUUCGACGUGUGAUAUCGUCGCUUUCGAAGGACACACCGAUGUACAGAGCGAAACGAGGCGAGGGGAGGAUGAGAAAUGUGAAAUUGGCCGAGAUACCGAGUCCAUGGCCAAGUUUGUCCGCGGUACGCGUUUCGAACAAACAACACCGACACUGUGCAUCCAAUUAUACGGGCGAGCGAACACGGUGCAUCACCUUCUCUUUACGAUUUCAUUUCGAUGCUUUAAUGCUUUUGCGAGGAUCGUUUGAGAAAAACCGGGGACCAGUGGGCCGCGACCUUCCGAGGAAGGAAGGCUAGAUCCUCGAGAGGGUGCUACCAAGGGUCCCGAAGGGACUGGCCGAGCGCGUGCCAUCUGCCGACUAGUUUUCUUCGAGUACCGGUUGCCCUUUACCUUCGAAAACUUGCAUAGCCGACAGCCUUUUAAAUCGACUACUUUGGCAAUCACGGUCAGCUGCCUAGUCGGCGUCCUUUUCCGGGACCCGAACGUCUUCCUUUCUCCUCUCUUUUCGCUCGCUUUCUUCCCGACCAUUCCUCCUCACCCUUUCCUUCUUUAUUCCUCUUCCACGACCCCGAUCCCAGAUGAACAAAGACGGAAAGGAAGACCAGGAACAAAGACGCACGCUCCUUGCUGUCUGGAAAUUCUACACUCCUAUCAGACGCGUCUACGACUUUUGAAAAAGGAAGAAAAGAAAAAUGGCAGGAGCAAACAUUUAGAUAACGCAAUGCAAUUUGGCGUCGCUUAAGGAAGAGGUCGAAUGCCGCGGAGAAAGAAAGGACACCUUGAUGUACCUUAAAAGAAACGCGUCAGAGGAGGACGGAGAGAAAGCAAGAAGAGAUUAAAGGGAGAAAAAAAACGUAACGGAUGAAGCGAGAAAGGAGGGAAAACUGUGAGAAGAAACCGGAAGCGAGGGAGCAAGAUGAUGGAUCGAAGGGGAAAGGAAGAAAGGAGAUCGGAAAUACCGGAAGGAUCAAGAGAGACGAACGAACGGAAGAAGAAGAGAAGAGAGAGAGACACUGAAGGGGCGUAGGGAAACUGCGAAAAGGCCGGGAAAUACAGGAAAUACGGGAAAUACGGGAGAAACGAAGAGUGGUAACUCACAAUCAGUAACCGCCAAACAUGCCAAAGCUUCGCGUCGAGCGUUCUGAACAAACUCGUUCGAAUCAGUAAUACGUUCGAAAGGGAAGGAAGCAGAAUAAUACUCGGAGCAAGAUGUCAAUGACGGGAAGCUUGAUGGGCUACGAGAACAACAACGAAGUGAAUCAAGCGAAAUGUAAGAAACCGUUGAAACCGCUUCCGAUAGUGUCCAGCAUAAAUUCGAGCGGUGUUUCGAGCACCGCGAAAACGAGGAAGCCACGAAGAUCGAGCAGACAGAGUUCCUGUAUACGAGGCCACGUGAACAACCUGUGGUCCGUUUGGUACGGCAUUUUAGCGGUCGCGUUUCAGGCUUACAUCGGGCUGAGAUACGCGAAACGUUUCGCCGCGUACUUGUCGUUACCAUGGCCAGCGGACGCACCUCCGCCGAAGGUAGAACUGUACGCGUGUCUGGUGCUGGCCGGUACCGGGGUGGUGCUUCUUCCGGUUCUGCUCGGCGCGGCGUUCCUCAAGCUCGGCAACCUGGCCAACGACGGAGUGAAACUGGGCCGCCACUUGAGCGCGUGCUCCCGCGACCCACCCUCGUCGCUGCUCACCAACAAUCUCGACCACAGUUUGGCAAAUAAUUUAUGGAGGCACGGAGGUCCCACCGCGGCCUUUCUACACCUUUGCACGGCUAUGUGCUUCCUGUUACCCUCGCUGCUCAUGGAAGCCAGGCUGAUACACGCUGGAUUUCUGCCAAAAGAAGCGAUAUGGCGUACGGAUUUGGAUUGGCUAGUGAUUCACCGGGAUCGACUGGUUGUAUCGAGCUUCAUGAACCCGAACGUGAACCUUAGCAUUCUGACCGGUUUCAUAACUCCUCAACCUUUCGUUACCCUGACACCCGACGACGAACCGAACGACGUAGUUACCACCUUCUCAGAUCUGGAUGUCGUCGAGAAAACGAUCGAAACUAAAAGUCGCGAGACUACCAACAAUUUUCUCGGCUUGUUUCGACCACCGAGCACCGGCCUACCGCCACCCAACGCGCCAACUUCCAGUCCCAGCACUACUUCCGGUUCGCUCACCAACUCUAUCGCCACCUCCUCGAUCGAUCCAUCGACCACGAGGGCGACGAAAACUAGCGCCAGCACGACUAGGUCGUCGACAACGUCCGCGACGUCGACGACGAUGAAAUUCAGGGAAAUGGAGGAAUCGGAAACGACGAUCGCGAGGACGACCUUACCACCCUUGUUCCCUUCGUCCACACCGAGUACUUCGAAGAGCACCACCGUCAAAAAUGGAUAUCCAACCAGGCGACCCACCCCCAAGACGAUUCUUAGGAAUAAUAAUCUAAAGAAUAGGUCGAAGACGAAAAAUUUCACCAGACCUUCGACGACGAUCAGACCGAGCAGAACGACCGUCGUCUCCGCUGGAAACAUGACGGCUCAGAGUAUGUCCCUGACGAUGAACAGUCUGGCUGAUUUGGAUCAUCCGGAGAAAUUGAACCUCGAAUUUCAACCCGCCGAAUCUUACGGACCCAUCACCUUGGAGUACCUGAAUUACGCGAUCGCUCUUGGCGUGUACUCCGUCAGGUAUCCCGCGGUGUUCUGGUCGUGCAACAAAGCAUUGGGCACCAUUUUCAGUUUUCAAUUGGUCAUUAAUUCCGCCCAGAGCUUGCUAGCUUACGUUGGAAUGUCUGUUCUUUACAAGGUUCAAGUAAUGGGACCUUUGAAAGUGUUGCCUGUUCUUCGGCAACAGUAUCGGACGAUUUCCACCAGCAGCAGUAUAUCAACGAUAUUCGGAGACUCUUACUUUUUAUUAAAUCCACACGUCACUCUGGUACUUUUCGCUCUGUCUUCUCUGUUGGUACUGUGUUCCAGCAUGGUGAUGUACUUUUAUGCUUACGGCAGAUUCACGGCGUUCCUGAAUCAGGAACGCGAACGUCGAGUGAUCCUGUCGAAGGAGAAUCGCGACAAGAACGGCUGGGUUUAUUUUAUCCAUUGCACGGCUCUUUGCGUGUUUCUAGCGAUCGCGAUAUGUAGCGCGCCGUUGUUGUACGAUUACAGCGUCGUUUAUCGAGGCAGUUUGGACGGUGCCAUAUUGGCCUGCAUCGUCGCCACCGUUCUCCAUUUGUUCCUCUGGCUGGUGAUGUGGAUCUUCCUCACCAUUAAACAACGGUGGACGUUUAAAUUGAGGGUGACGAUCGGUCGCGCGACCGUCAGAUCGGCGAGAUCGGUGAAGCUGGUGACCGACGUGGAUCUUUUGUCGGCGAGGGACGAAGAAGACGGUACCAGCGCGCCAUUGCUGGUGGUUGGUAACGGCAGAACGUACACUAUUGCCGACGCCUCCCCGAAGAAGGCCAUCAUGAGCGUGAUACAGAAGGCGGCGAUCGAAAGGAAAGCGCGCUCCCAAGGAAACAAUGAUUCGGUCGACGGAGAAUCGACGGUCGACGACGAACAGAUCUAUUGGUUGAGACCAAAAUUACGACCGUCGCCCACCAGGUCGCCGAGCGACGCGAACGGUGUGGCGAACACGGAAAAGGGUUGGCUGAACAAGAAAUUCAAGCCCAAGGUCACCUUUAACGACCUGCCUAGUACGUCAGGCUCGCGUAAUAAGGGAAAAAUCCGACGAGGGACCGGCGAUGGGGGUCCCGAAGACGACGGAGACUACGCCACGCUACGGGAACUUCCGCUGAUGACGUCACUGGAUCCGGCCGAUGAUUCAACGUCAGAGGAGAACAAGUGGGGAAGAUGGCUGAUAUCCCGUAGGGACGGUAUACCUAAAUUUGGAGACCUACUCGAAUGCGUGAACGACGACCAGGUGACUUACUACGCGAGCGCAAAUCGCGAUCUACAACCUUCGGAAGGGGACCCCUCGCCAUUGUUGACACCAGACCCUUUGCCCGAUCCCACCUCGGAGCCACUUCCACUGCCACCCCCGACUCCAACUUCUGCACCGAGCACCGAAGUUGUUACGACGUCACUAACCGCUAACACCCAGACAAACGGAGGGCAAACGCCGCGAUGCUUGCGUCGAGCAGACUCGGGGAUGCCACACGAAGAACUGACACCACGUUCGGACUCUUCGAACUCUCCGCCGAUGGAUACCGUGACCGGUUGCGGUGGAGCAGGCUCGGUCACCGGGCACAGUAACACCAGUAGCCACAGCGAGACAUCUUCGAGCGGUGUGCACAGUAACGCAAGCAACGCGAGCAAUGCCAGCAACGGUAGCUGCCAGCGACGAGCGACCAGCGUGGACGAUCUAACCGGGGAACAACGGAAUUGCGAAGAUUCGCGAGAACAAUGGCGCAGUUGUUCCCUUCAACGAGGCGUGCAACCGCCUACCGGUCCCGGUACCGCCACCUUCUUAUCGAACACCGGUCGAGCCGGGACCAGUCAAGCCUUCGCUUCGCCGCAGUACGCGAACCACGUGCCAUUGUUUGUUAACUCGAACUCGAAUUCCAGUUCGAACUCGAGCGCGAAUUUAAACGCGAGUGUAAACGCGAACGUGAAUGGAAACGCUAGCGCCAGCGAGGUGGUGAACGCGACCGGUGGUUGUCCGGCGGUUAUCGUGGAAAAUCCAAACGAGGCGACCGUGGUUAUACGUCGCAAAUUGUCGAGAACGAAGCUGACGGAACCGUUGAAUCCUAACGAGGAACCGUUCGGUCGGUCCACCAAUAUGAGAAUGGUGUCUUUCACGGAGAGCAACGAUGUCCGCGUGCACACGGCAUCCGCGACUCUUCCCCAUUACCCGACCCAACCCGCGGUUACCUUCCCUCAUUGCUCCACCAUGCCUUUGCCUCACGGUUCCCACAGCAUGGCAGGUUCGCACAUGGCCGGCUCGAGCGGAAGCUGCGGUUCGGUACCGAGACACGCUUUCGUUCCGCCUCAGGUUCACGCGACCGUUCCCGCUCACACCACCCUACCCUCCCAUCACAACGGUGUCAGACUUCUGCACCCUACCCCGCAAAGCAACCCUUUCGUCAAGAGAUUCCCCCCUGUACAGAUGCACGGGCAGCCCUGGGCUCUGCCCGGCGCCCUGCCCGGUCACCACACGUUUCCCCAAGCGCCGCAGAACAACGGCAAGCUGACAGCCGCCGCUCAAAUCCGACAGACCGAUCGAGACUCGGCCAACUUCUCCAUGGCCAGCAGCGGCGACUCCGACACGUGUUUGCCUCAUUGAAUCGAACGCGCGGACCGUCAGCUUCGUCUAUCUUUCACCGCUUUUCACUUCCCGCUACUCUAUUCUUGCUCUCGCGGUUGCUUUUCGCGACACUCGAUCGACGAGAAUGCGCGCUUCUUCUCCGGAUCUUUCGAAGACUGAAAAGGUUUCCGAAAGGGCUAGGAAUUUCGUACCCUUUGCCCGACGCAACCCCCACUACAUAUCAUAUCCCUCGCGAAUUCAAGCACCAAAGAGAAGAACGUCUGACGCGUUACGUUUUUAUUUUUAUUAAUACCACUGUUCGUCAGCACCCAACUUCUCGGCAGUUCUUCCAUAUCAACGAUCUGUAACGUGGUACAGGUUCGUCAAUUGAAAAAGGAACCAAACGGAUACGUUUGUGCGUCGACGAUCUAUAUCCUAACGCUAACGUAUAUACAUAUAUGUAUACUUAUAACCACACGUAUUUAAAGAGAAAAAAAAAUGUACGAGACUCGUCGCAAACAUAUCUUCCGCGAGUCGACGCUACAACUGUUCGCGCUUCUAACGAUACCGUGUAAAGUAUCUACCGAUCUUUCGACACAGUGGAAACCUUUUCGCUCUUCGAAGUUCUACGCGUUACCGUGCUUUCGUUCAACGUCGCUCAACGGGUAGAACGGAUCAAGCGAAGGCGAAGCGAUGAGAAUUGAAACGUAACUUUUCUUUGUAAAUUUUCUUCGGACACCUAUUGAUCUUACUCGUUUCAUUUCGUUUCGUUUCAACGAGACAAGUAUCUUGGGAAACCUAUUCGAUCUUCGUCGUACGUCCUCUUAAUUUUAUUUAUUUUUUAAUGUAUAUUUAUUUCUCCUUUCGUUUUGUAAAUAGGAUUGUCGUUUGAAGUUAAAAAACACGACAAAGAAGGAGAGAAGAGGAAACGAAAGAAUGAAUAAAGGAUAGAGCGUAAGGGUUGGUCGCAAAGCGACCGGUUAACUAGUAUUAAUCUGUAGGCAUGUAAGUUCGCGAUGCGAUUGGUCGCUGAUUGUUAAAAAGCGUUCGAGAAAGAACGGGUUACUGCCAUUGAUACUCGCGCGGAUCUUUGGAUAUCCAUGAUAUUCGCUUAAUUUCGUCGACUGCCACGUUCUCUCGUCCCGUUCCGCGAGCAUUCGAGCGCUCGAAAAGCACCCGCUUUCUUCUCUUGCGAUCCACCUCUGCGAUCCAUUGUCUGCGAUAUCCAAGCGAAAUAUCGCCUUUGCGUUUUCUUUCACGUUUGCGUUCGCGUUCUCGGCAAUUUUAUCUUCUAGACGGGAUCGAAGGAUACACGAUCGGUAGGAGGAGAUGCGCGGACGAACGAUAACGUUCGCCACCUUAACGACGACUAAGGAAUCGAAAGAGAAAAAAAAGAAAAAACGAAUCUGUACAAUAUCGACGCAACGAGGAUAUUCUGUUCGUCGCGUGUAUAUCGAAAACGACCGUUCUUCCUUCCAAGAUAUAAUGCGGAUAACGAGAUGUAUUCGCGCGUACAAAGUGUUUCUAAAUCGCGUUAGACAAGAGGCGACGCUGUUCUUAAGGUCAUAAUGCACCAAUUAGCGAAAGACAGAUUCGUCGAUAGAAAGCAAUUAGCAGUUUAGACUUCUUUACGUUUCUUUCUUUUCAACUAACGCGAUCGCCUCUGAACAAUACGUAGACGUCUGAAGACGUUUCGAACUAAACGGAGCUCAAGCAAAUGCGACAAAUUUAUUUUUCACUACCUUGCGGUCGUUUCGAACGGAGAAAAUCGAAACACUUUAACCCGGUGCGUACAAAUGCGUUUCCCGUAGUAUUUCCUAAAACAAAGACGGAAUCGAGAUCGCGAUUCGCUGGAGCAUCGAAUGAAAACCGAACUUGUACAGCUGUCUUUUUAUACGUGAUCGUGCUCGUAGAAAUUUAAAUCGUAUUUUUUACGCACUUUUUCGAAACGGACUCGGAAUUCGAAACGUUCCCGUCGGAUGUAUCUCGUAGAUCGGUUAGAUUGUUAGACGGUCCGGUCCGUUUUGGCUUUCGAAACAAGACGGAUACCCGCAGCUUUCUCGAGUUUUUCCUGUUUCCGAUCGAUUAACCGAAUAUAUCGGCGAUCGAUCGGAACCCGCUACCGACGUAGCCUUAUGGCUUUCGCGUUUCCGAUCCGUCAGGACGCCUGGCGUCCUACCGACAGCUAGGAUCGGAAGAGGAAAGCACGUUUCGGCCUCGCAGACGCCAACAGAAUCGAACGCUUUUUCUAUCGCAAGGAAACCUUCCUUUCCUCGAUGCGAGCCAAACGAACAUAGAUAUCCUUCAUAGAUAUUUUCUUAUUUUUUCACGAACGAAUUAGCCCUCGUGGAAGUAAUAGGACCGCGUGUAAGAUAUCGUCGCGAAUAGUAGAAAAAUCGGUGAAAGGAGUUUAGCGAACACGGAGUUGCUCGAACCUCGUAAAAUCUUUGUUUGAUGAGCGAAGAAAUGCUUGAAACUUUUUAUAAUCCCCAUCCCUCGUCCUCGGUAGGAUCGGUUAGACAAAUUUCUCCUCCGACAAAUCGGAAAAGAUUCAAAUCUAUUCUUCUAGGAUCAGAAAGCAUCGAUACGGGUGCAGUUAAAGCUUUAUGGUGUCGAGUUUCUCGAUCGAAAGCUUAAAUGAACCUGCAAACGAUAAAGCUUUCACUGUAUUUGAAAAUAUUUUUCCAUGCGAAACACAUUCGUACACGCGCCCAAUCUAAACGCCUUCUUCUGAAUGUGUCGAUACGAUAUAAAACGUGCGAUCGCGUUAAUCUCGGUUUCGUCUUUGUGGGACAGAUUAUACCUAAGCGUAAUUGUAAGAAAAGAAAACGCGUCGACGAUCGAGUAGAUAAUUAAUAAAAAGGGAACGAAACGACGAUCGCGUUGCGAUCGAUGGAAAACAUAUCACGACGGAAGGACCACUCGUUACUUCGGUAACGUAUCGUGCCGCGUGUAAUGUAGAACGAGAGUAAUUAGACGGUGUAUCAAUUUCGAGCGAUGCAACGCGAUUGAUUUUUUUCAUUUACGUUUCGUUCGACUUGCCAUUUCGCGGGUAUCAUCGCGUUCGUUAACGGUCGUCGGCGUGCUCGUCAUUAUCAUCGCUAUCAUCGACAUCAUCAUCAACGGAGGAAGAGUGAUAGAAGCAGAGGAAACACUGAGAACAAUAACAACUGCAACAGCAAUAGCAACGAAAGCGUAAGCAACAAAGUUUUGGAAGAAAAAGAAAAAGAAGACAACUCGGAUCAUAUCGAUGCUGCGACUCGCAGAAAUAUUUUUUUACCGUUUAUCGUCAAGCGUCUUUGCUAUUCUGUUCGUUUUAGAUCCGGCUAGAAGCGAAAUGCGCGCAAACCUGUACGGUCAGAAAGGUCCGAAGGGGGUAGUUUCCGCGAAAAGGAUCGACAAGAAUCUUGGGGAUCAUCGGGAUGCUUCGGGGGUCAAAGAGUAAAUGUGCGUACGUUUGCGUGUGAAAAUGCGGGGUAUGCGUGAAUGAGCGUUUCAUUCAACCCGUUCAUCGUCGACGAUCCCUCCGAAGGUUGUAAAUAAUUCAGAGCGGAAUGAUAAUUCGUGGCCAAGGCGAGAGACAAAGAGCGAGGAUAUACGAUGGAAGUAAGCGACGAAAGGCGCGAAAAAAAAAAAAAAAUGAAACGGAUAUGUACGAAUAAUUGUAUAAAGACUGAUUAGACUAACCUUGGUAUUUAUUCUAAUUCGCAGUUAAACGCUAUCGCUUUGCGCGCUCUCGAAUACUCACGGAGCUCGAUACCAAAGCUAUUCAUUCCCAUGGAAAAGCUUCCAUUUUUCUCUUGUUCUUUGACUCGUAACAUUUCCCACCCUCGACUCGACCCAUUUUCGUCGGCGUCGCUCGCUCUUUAUCUCCGGGUUCCACCGAAACUGCGUUAUAUCCCUAUUUCUUUAACGCUUCAUCGAAAAAAAGAAAGCAGUUUUCUUCUGUUUAAUCGAAAAUGUACAUCGAAUAAGAAAAGAACGUGGGGGAAAAGAAAAUUCGGUGGAACGUGGUGUUUUUGCGUAUCGUUCAUGUCUUUUCUAAUCGUUCCCCGUGAUUAAUGCUCCUGUUCCGCAUUGUUGUUCCAUACAAAACGCGAUUCGUUCGGAUACAGAGCAAAGAGAAAAAGAAAAAUGGUAUGCGCGAUCAUAACAGCGACAUUAUUAUCGUCACAACGUAUCAAUAUUAUUCGACGCAUCGUAUAAGCAAGUAAACUAGAUGUAAACUUUGUAUAUUCAUUUACCAAGAGAAUAAAGAUAAAUUAUUCGAAAAUAAAACAGCGGCCAAACGAAACGUGUAUCUUCUAUUCAAUGAUCGAUAAUCAUCGACACGUCGAUUAUUAUUGAAACGAUCAAAAAGUUAGAAGAGCGGUGUGAAAUAAAAAUUGUUCUUUCCGAUUUAAUAUUUCUUUUUUUCUUAUAUUAAUAAAUUGAUCGGUAUAACUCGUUCACCGCUCUUCUUAUCCUCCCCAGCCUCAGUUACCCUUACCUUCUCAACAACUUUCUUAACAAUUCAUUCGUUCGUACAUUUAUAUAUUUAUAUUUAUAUUUAUUUUAUUUCCUUAGGACAUUGGUAAAACAAUUAUUUACAUAACGCUGUAAUAAUAUACUAUGACUAGACGUAUUGACGCGUUAGGACUGUCUUGGAAGUAUUUUUCUAACAACGAGAGAAACAAUGUCAAUGUCAACAGAGGGAGGCUCGGUUCGCGAUUCUCCAGGAAUUAAUUACGUCCGAGUGCAAUUUUGUCGCUUAUCCACACGAAGAAAGUGGAAAAGCAGUGGGUUCGUUGUAAAUGCGUUCUCUAUCUUCGCUCGAGUCGUUCGUUGAUCGUUUAAAUCGUAAUCCGUAUCUACUAAAUCUACUUUGUAACAGACGAAGAUCGUGCUACGCGUUAUUAUGUCGUGUAAAUUAACACGUAACGUGGUAUAAAAUGCUAGGCGAUUCUAUGCUUUCGAUCGGGGCCGCUAUUCUAUACGGAACGCUUCAUCCCUAAAUUCAUCCCUUUCCGAUCGAUAUCGACCCUUAAUUCCUGUAGAACGCGGCAAUAACGUGGAACGCGCGAAGCGUUCGAAAAUCGUGUGCGAGGUCUACGAAAAUGUGACGCUGCCAUUAACGUAGAAAAAACGACAAACGACCACAGAUCGCUGGCUCGGACAAAGGGGAGGAAAAACCGCGUAAACGAAGUCAUUUUCCAAACUGUACCCCGGACACACAUCUAUUCGCUGGGACAAGAUACCGGCAGAUACAGGGUGUUCGACAACAGAUGGGUAAAAUUUUAAGGGGCGAUUCUAGGAAUCAAGAUAAGACGAAAAUCAAGAAUAGUGUUUGCGGCUUUGUUUUCCAGUAAUUAACGUUUCAAAAUUCGAGUAAAAAGCACCUGAAACGUCAGGUCAACGGGUUGCAGGUUUCAGGCGCUUUUUACUCGAAUUUUUUAACGUUAAUUACUGGAAAACAAAGCCGCAAACGCUAUUU